AUGCAGGGUUCUGGAGAGCCCCUCCCCAAAUUGACUCCCAGUGAGUUUCGAACAUAUAAUCGGUUGGCCGAGCAGAUGGAUGCCUUUCACAAUCACUUCCGCCUGACAUGGAACCAACUCUUCGAUGCCUGUAGUGCUGCUGGAAAGCGGCCCUCGGGACUCUCUGCUCGCCAAAUGAUCAUGAUGGGUCUUCAAUUUUGCUCUCAGUUGGACUUUCACCAUUCUAUUGAAGAGCAGCAUAUCUUCCCGGUGCUGGCCAAGAAAAUGCCAGAAUUCAAGAAAGAGCUUGAACUCUUGCGCCAACAUAAGCAGAUCCAUGCCGGUCUUGAGAAGCUGGAGGCAUAUCUUGAGAAAUGCCGAUCUGGCGAAGAAGAUUUGCGCCGUGAAGAGGUGAAGCGGUUGAUGGAGGCAUUCGGAGAGGUGCUGUGGAAGCACUUGGAUGAAGAAGUGAAGACACUGGGCGCGGAGAACAUGCGCAACUACUGGUCGGCUGAUGAAAUGCGCCGCCUCCCAAUGUGA